AUCCUUCACCCGUUAUUUUCGUUGGUGUUGUCAGUGAUUCCAGCUUUAGAGGAACUAAAAGGAGCGAAUCUGGUGGUGCACGUGGAUUGAGAGGCUGAUUAGCUAGCUUGCCUGUUAAGAGGAGGAGGAUCUGCAAAGAAGCUCUUGUGCGUACUGUGUUGACUGAUACCCAAACUGAGGGUUUGGUCUACAAAGAUGCCCUGAGGUUUGUCGGUCUCAUCACUAUAGACGUUGCCUGGGUAAAACUCUUUACUGUGCCUCUUCAUUUGCUCUGCUUGAGGAAGGGAAGCCAGCUGUGUUAAUGCCUAGACUGCUUGAAUGACAGAUUAAUCAGCCACUCGAUGGGGAUUACCAGUGGAGCAGCUGUUUGUGUCACCUUUCCACCUUUGUGUAGCAAGCAAAACAACUUCAGCACCUCUUCAAUAAUAAUUAUGAAACUGGUAUUAACUGAAUGGCAAUUAUGGAUUUUUAACUCUAGUUCACAGUAAGCAAAACUCAAGCCCAGCAAGCCAUAUGUUGAAAUUCCUACCAAAUAUAGCUUUUUGUUCCUCUGAAUGUUUCAACGCCUACACACGAAAUUGAUGACGGAACCUGUUCGUAACGAGGGGAAUUACAAAUAUUGCUUGCACGAGGAACGCGACGCCAUCAGAAAGAGAAGACACCGUAACUUAUCGUUAGAGAUGAUAGUGUUAUUUAUAUAGGUAGAAUAAAUAAAUAAAUAUAUAAAUAUAUAUAUUAUAUAUAUUUUUUAUGGUAAUGAAAAUGGCUCCCCAGAAUGCUGACUCGGAAUCUAUGCAAGUUCAAGAGCUACCCGUGGUUCAGCUUCAGAAACCGGAAAACGAGAAUGAGAGUAAGGAAGAGACCAUAAGCGAAGGAUCCAUAGACCGGAUACCUGUACGUCUCUGGGUGAUGCACGGGGCCGUGAUGUUUGGCAGAGAAUUCUGUUACGCCAUGGAGACAGCUUUGGUGACACCAGUAUUGUUACAAAUUGGUCUUCCUGAACAGUACUACAGCCUCACUUGGUUCCUCAGCCCAAUCCUGGGCUUGAUCUUCACUCCUCUAAUAGGUUCAGCUAGUGACCGCUGUACUCUCAGCUGGGGCCGCCGGCGGCCUUUUAUCCUCGCCCUCUGCAUUGGUGUUCUCUUUGGAGUUGCCCUUUUCCUGAACGGCUCCAUUAUAGGCCUGGCCAUCGGAGAUGUCCCAGACAAGCAGCCCAUUGGCAUCGUUCUCACUGUGCUGGGGGUGGUGGUCUUGGAUUUCUGCGCUGAUGCGACGGAGGGGCCGAUCCGGGCCUAUCUGCUGGACGUGGUGGACAGCGAGGAACAGGACAUGGCGCUCAACAUCCACGCCUUCUCAGCUGGUCUCGGAGGAGCCAUUGGCUACAUGCUGGGAGGCCUCGACUGGAUGCAGACGUUCUUCGGGGUCAUCUUCGUCUCCCAGGAGCAAGUCCUCUUCUUCUUUGCCGCCAUCAUCUUCUCCGUCUCCGUCGUCCUCCACCUUUGCAGCAUCGAGGAGGAGCAAUACAACCCCCAGCAGGACAGGAUUGACGACGAGGCCGACACCCUUUCGAGCGUCAAGCUGAGCGGCAGCCUCCCUCCCCUGAGCCGCCUGAACGUCAUCAGCGAGGAAGACCAUUACAGGAGCUCCAUGUACCGGGACGAGGUGCAGUCUGAGCAGGACCUCAACAUGGACUUCCUGGACGUGGACAUUGUCCGCAGCAAGAGCGACUCUGUCCUGCACAUGCCCGACGCCACCUUGGAGAUGGAGUCCGAGCUGCUUUUCCUCCACGAAAUCGAGCCUUCCAUCUUCCAGGACUCUUCCUUCCCCAACACCCCGCACAGCGCCAGCCAGGAGUACAUGAAGUCCAAAUUCAACCGCCUGUCUGCUUUCCUCAGGGAGAACGAGAAGGAGGAGGACAUGUUACUUGAUAAUCACUUGAACGAAGCCAAAGCCCCCAACAGCAACGGCUCCCUACCAAAAGACCUCCUGAACGGGCACGCCAGGAUCGGCAUGAAGCAGUCGAGCACCUCCAACUCCAUGCGCAGGCGCAAGCACAUGUUCUACCGGCAGCCUUCCCACACCUUCUCCUACUACGGCAAGAUCGGCUCCCACCGCUACCGCUUCCGGCGGGCCAACGCCAUCGUGCUGAUCAAGUCCUCGCGGAGCAUGAACGAUAUCUACGACAUGCAGAAGAGGCAGCGGCAGAGGUGCCGGCACAGGAACCAGAGCGGAACCACCAACUCCAGCGGCGACACCGAGAGCGAGGAAGGCGAGACCGAAACGACCGUCCGGCUCCUGUGGCUGUCCAUGCUGAAGAUGCCCCAGGAGCUCCUCCGCCUCUGCGUCUGCCACCUCUUGACCUGGUUCUCCAUCAUCGCCGAAGCCGUGUUCUACACCGACUUCAUGGGGCAGGUCAUUUUCAACGGCGACCCCAAGGCCCCUUCGAAUUCCACCGAACUGCAUGCCUACAAUGCCGGCGUUCAGAUGGGCUGUUGGGGUUUGGUCAUCUAUGCCGCUACUGCAGCUGUGUGUUCAGCCUUGCUACAGAAAUACUUGGACAACUACGACCUCAGCAUCCGAGUGAUCUACAUCCUGGGCACUCUGGGCUUCUCCAUUGGCACGGCAGUGAUGGCCAUGUUCCCCAAUGUGUACGUCGCCAUGAUCAUGAUCAGCUCCAUGGGCAUCGUUUCCAUGAGUAUAUCCUACUGCCCCUACGCCCUUCUAGGGCAGUAUCACGACAUCAAGCAGUAUAUCCACCAUAGCCCUGGGAACUCAAAGCGAGGUUUUGGCAUAGACUGCGCCAUCUUGUCCUGCCAAGUCUACAUCUCCCAGAUCCUAGUGGCCUCUGCGCUGGGAGGAGUGGUGGAUGCCGUGGGCACCGUGCGGGUCAUACCCAUGGUGGCGUCGGUAGGGUCUUUCCUGGGCUUCCUGACGGCCACGUUCCUGGUGAUUUACCCCGACGUCGGCGAGAGCCCGAAGGAAGAGCAGAAAGGCCUGGCGCCUCCCGAGGCGGCCGAGAGCGGCGGCGACGCGGAUGGGGAGAAGCCGACCGUGAUCAAGCUCUCUCGGAAAGAAGCCUCCGCGACAGAAGUGGAAAACGAGUCGGUCGUUUGAUCGAACCGCCGCCAUUUGCACACAUUCCAAGCUGUUCCAGGUGCACGAAUCGGGACGUUUUUGCAAAGCAGAAUCUGAACUUUUCCAAGGACAUCCUUGCUGCAGCAUCGGAUUGAAAUGGUUCUUUCAUGCAAAAAUGUAGAUGAAAUUCCAUAGUCUUAGGGUAGCCUUGAAUAGGUAGCUUUGAUGCUGAUUGCUUUCUCUACAAUCCAGAAAAAUCUCCUUUCUUAGAGGUAUUUUUAAUGGCAAGAAAACGCGUUUCCAAGGUGACUUUUAUCGAUGGGCAGGAAAACGUUCUUGCGUGGUUUGCUUUGUAAGACCUCGUGGCGGUUUUUCAAAAUUCUCAAAUUACCCAUUUGGACUGUUUAUUUCCCUUCCACCAACACCACCAUUUUUAAAAACUGUAAUUAAAAACGAAAGCAAUUCUGGCUGUGGCUUUUGCAGAAAAGUUUUCUGUUUUUUUGUUCCGACUCCUUCAGACCUUGCAAGUUCAGUAGGAUGGUGUAUUUUAAAACUGAUGCCAUUUUUAUUAGGCUGACAGCUGCGGUUCUCUGCUUUAUGUUCCUCCCCCCCUUGAACCAUAGUCUGGAUUUCAUUAUUUUUCCGUGCAAUUACUACUAAAUAUUCCCCACCCCCGACUUCCCUUGGACGUAUUGCAUCAGUUACUGCAAGAAUUGCUGUCGCUUUAUUUUUUUAUUAUUAUUUUGUUUUGAUUCAAGCUGUUUGGAGCACCCGUCCCCGCCGACUGUUGCUUGCCAAGGAUUCCUCGAGUGUGAUCUCUUCACCGCAGAGAUGGCGAUGUUUCGGUGGUCGGGAGGGACUUUCGGCUGGCCUCGGGACGGUGGGAGGCGACAUGUGUAGCUCUAAGGAGCACCAGUGGAACAUUCUGCGACCUGUUUUGAUCGGCGAGCCGGUCAGAAUUUGACUUAUUUUUCUUUUCAUCUUCUGGUGGCGCUUGAAAGCCAAUCAUCUCCUUUGUGAUGAAGCUGCUAAUGGGGACGCGGAUUCCCCGCUGUCAGUUUCUGCAGGCGGGCUGUGAGCUUCCCCUUUGUUUAGAAAGGGGGUCGUCGAUUGCACUUUUUUCUGAACUUCUGGGCUGGAAAUUGCGAUAGCGGAGAGUUUUCGAAAGGUAGUCUCGCUCCCGCAAGCGUAAACCAAAGGCCUACCUCUUGAUAACUGCAGCCUGGAGAGAAAGAGAGAGAGAGUGCAUGUGUGUUGCGUGUGUUGUUAUUGUUGUUUUUGUUUUUAAAAAGGAAAAUGUAUCUUGAAACAGCUUUGGGCCUUAAAGAAAACAAAAUUCACCAUUUUUUUUUUUUUAGAAAAUGCUGUAACUUUAUUCCUAGGUAUGCCGGAGUCUUACUAAGCUGUUUUCCCACGUCCUUUCAACCCAGACUCCCUCCCCUCCCAACUCCCAAAUUCCGGGUCCAGGACAAUAGCAGUAACACACAUAGCAGGUUGUCGGGUAAGCCAGGCUCUCAUACCAAGCCAAGUGUCAUUGCUGGGGAUCGACAGCCUGUUAGAGGAUGUCCUUAAGAACAGCCAGCCUAGAAGGUCCUUCUCUUUAGAAAUGGGGGGGGGGCUUCUCCUUGCACGUUCCCCUUGCGCCUUGCAAGCAAUGGGGGCCAAAAGAGGCCGCAGCUGGUUUGCAGGCUGAAACCGCAGUGAACCCAGGCUGCUCUUGUGAGAGAUUUCUGCUGCCUCAAACUCACCUAUUUAAAAUGCAUGCCUUGAACCAUGCUGCAAGUAUAGCAAUUCGAAAGCAAAAAUCCUAUCUUAUCUAUAUAUUUCAGAAUGAAAAGCAGUUUUUAAUAAAUUACUUGAAUUGUCAAUUGUAUGUAUGUUUGACAUAGCUGAAAUGGAAAUCGCCUGGCUGGCAUCUCUUGGGUAGUUUGAUGGCAUCUCCUGUUUGUUUUCUUAGCUCUCCAUCAAUUUACAUAUUUUUACCUCCGUAGGUGGGCGGGGGGGGGGGCGUGGACAGGGUUUGCAUAGGCUUUUUAGAGGCCACGAGGAUUUCAUGAAUGCUCAUUUUAUAUACAGGGUUUCACAAACUGUUUUUUAAAUGUCUGAGGUCCCCCUCAGGUCCCCCACCCCUCCAAAAAAAAAGACAACUAUUUGGUGCAUUUUGUUUGAAACUUCUUUUCAGACCAUAGUAUAAGACUACUUAAGCAAUCCAGUUAUUGGGGGGGGCAGGGGGAGAAAAAGGAAAACCUUUCAGGAGCUUGUAGCCAAGAGAGCCCUCGCUCUCCACCUAAACGGAAAGUCUUCUUUCACUACACAUACGACUUUUUUAUUUUUUGAAAAACUACUCCACGACAUUAAUUUGAGAUAGGUGUUCUCUGCAUAAAUUGCACCUUGUUCUACGAGGACCCCACUUCAUCGCUCUCGAAAGCGUGUAAAAAUAGGAAGCUGCCACUUGCGGCAAAAAUCCUGCCUUACGCUUUGAAGAGAAGGCGAAAAGGGAAGACUCUCAAACGCCUCAGUUGGAUCUCUCCCCUUGAUGCAGUUUGAAGGUCACCCAUUCGGCCCUGACAUUUAUUUUCCUUGAAAGCUCUCUCUCUCCCCCCCCCCUUUGACUCUGCCUUGAUCUGCUCGAACUAUUGAGGAUGAGGAAGGCAAGUGUUUAUUUUCCAAAAAGGAAAAAGCUUUCUUUUCAGAGGACUCAAAAGCUUAUUUUUAGAAGAGCACAUCGAAAUUUGGAGGCAGUUCCUUGGUUCCUACGAACACUCGCUUUCUGACCAGCUCUGCAGUUGUGGGGUCACAAUUUUCGCGUCACUGUUGGCUCUGCCGGAAUCUGAAACUUGAUCAUGCAUUGUAGUGCCAGGAGAAAAUGGGCAGGUCUUGGUGAACUUUCUGAUCUUUUGGACCCUUGUGAAGAGAACAUGGGCAAACGAGAGAUUUAGCCUUGUAGCAGGGCUUAAACCCUCCUCAACAUUUAUGCCAUAGAAUUCUGAAUAGCAUUUCCCUUCCUGCGCUCUAGAAUUUACUCUUUAGGGCUUCUGAACUGCAGCCUCCAAGACGUGCUGCUGUCUGUCGAGAGAUGCAAAGAACUCGGAGCAAAUGAGCCUCGAUGAGCCCAGAGCCAAGGCGGAAAGAGCAAGCCCCAAAUUCUGUCUGGGAGCCAGUCGUGUUUUCCUCUUUGUAGAUGCAUUUAGUGUCUUGGUGCCGACUCAUUAAAUCCCAGCACGGGAUCAUCAUCGUUCCUAUUUGCCUUCUUCAGAUGCUGAAGUUCAAAUUCAAUUGAGCAGAACUGAAUUGGGAAACGUCUUGAUUUUGGAAAGGUAGAGGGAGCUAUCGGUAUGCUUUCUUUGCCGGCUGUGAAAGCUGUUUAGACAUGCCAUAGGAAGGCAUGAGGCAGAUCUAAGGCCAACACACCCUGGAAUUGUAGGUCUGGUUUUGGCUUGGGGGUCUCUGAAUCCCCCACAUCCCAACAACCCCACCAUUUCCAGGGUUCUUUAGGAGAAGCGUCAGCCGCUGAGUUUUUUACAUCAUGAGCACACACAUCUCAUUCUUUCAUCUGUCUCUUACAAAGCAUACUGUUAGAAUGGGACAUUUCCUUUUCCUCGCUGAUUUUGAGACGUUGCACCUUCAACCAAAUCUUUGUGGAGCGUCUGGCUCACAGACACGUUUAACACCCUGAAAAUCUUCUGUAGUUGCCAUCAGAUAUCUGGUCACAUGGGCAGCAUUUAUUGGACUUUGUAGGGCUUGAUAGGGUUAUAUGUAAUCUUUUUUUUAAAAAAAGAAAUCACACGAAUUGAUUUCCUGUGGCAAUAUCCAGCUGGACUUCAAGCUUGUAUAUUUAUGACGGCUUGUGGAGAGAAAAGCAAUAACCUCUUCCUCCUGAUUUGCACGUGGGGAUUUGAACCCAAAUACUCUUUUUGAUACUCUGGUCUUCCCCCUGCCUAUUCCGUCAGCCAGGCUUUCUUCAAGAUUCCCAACCGCACCAUGUGGGCAACUGAUCCUCCUCUUUCUGUCUUAGGAGACGAGGCUGUUGGGAGAUUGGAAGACCCGUGUGAUUUUUCAGUGUGCUUUUUACUUUCGGCCAUUCCAUGAAAGUGGAGGAUAAGAAAGCUCUCUUUAAAGGACCGGUGAAUGAGGCUUGCCCCAUCACCAUCUUGUCUCUGCCGGGAAUGUCUGUUUCCUUUUCUUCCUCCUUGUCGGUUCCUAUGGAUGAAACCUCCGGCGAAGGGUCCCUAGGCUGGAUUUUCCAGAAGGCAAAUCUUAGCCAGGAUACGGGAGGAUAGCAUCAACUGCCCUGAGUUCCAAUUUUGAAUUCAUUCUGCUGAAACCCGUUUGAGAAGGCUGCGGCAGAAGAGCUGCAAUUGCUGGUCUGCAAUCCAGAAUCAGACCAUAUCAUGAGAGUGGCAAAUAACCUCAUCUGACUGCAUGGAGUCAUAAUCUUGAAAGGCAAGUUAGUGCCACUCGUUCUGAUUUCUGCGGUCUUUAAAGGCAGCUUUCGAUACCCAUUUUAAGUCACACUCUUGUGCUGCAGAGGGAGGGGGCAGUGAAGCUGUUAUGCUGCAAAGCCAAAGCUUGACCCAUCCCUCCACCCCAAAACAGAGCAUGAUAACUAAAACCCAGCAGAGUAUUUCUUCUUUGCAGCUCAAUUUUGGGAGCUCACCUGCGCGCCUGGCAUUCUUCUGGUUCUACCUUUUCGCCAUUCAGUCGCUGGAAUGCUUUUUUCUUUAUUUUAAAAAUGAAAAGGGGUUGGGCCUGGUUAAGGAUUAAUUAAAACGGAACGGGUUGGGCCUCGUUCUGCUGCUGUUGUCACUGUACAUUGAAACAUGGUGUUCCCUGCCCUUUCCUUCUGUCUGCUAGCAGGAUGCAAUCAGCUCUGACUUAGAUCCAUUCGUUGCUUCUUACACAACCCGAAAUCUUGCAUGACUCCCCGCGUAAGCACAUGUAGCAACUUUUGAGUACCUGAAGUGUCUUUUUGUGGGGGGGGGUGAUUUGGUUUUUAUUCAUUUGCAGAUAUCCCUUGUGUGUGCCCCCCCCCCCCCCCGGUUAAUAGGCCAAAUAAAUGUAACAAGACACAAAAAAUAUUGCACAGAAAUGGGGAAAAGUGACUUGGGAAGAAAGAAAGAAAAGGAUACCAAAUUUCACCUGUGUGUGUCUUCUCCUAACUACGGAUUCUUAAACGUGCAGGUUUUGUCAUUUAAACAGCCAAGCUACAAGGUUUUUAAGACUGCAUUGAGGGAGGAAUGCCAUUUGCAAAACGGAACAAAAAGAAGCAGAUAUUAUCUACCCAGAGUUCUGUGGUUCAUGUUGCUCCCAUAAUAAAAAGUUUUACUGAGGAUGUGUCUUCUGCUGAAACACUUGUUUAUGCCCCCAUUUUAUUUUAUUUUAUUGAGGAAGGGUCUCGGAGACACCCACAUGAAUUCCAGGAGCAUAGAGUUCUUACAUGUACAACUUCCUUGUGGCAGUUAAAUUCAGAGGGGGAGAUGGUUUGGCUUUAAUUCAAGAGUCAGGUGACACUUGGACCUUAGAUGGGAUGAAUUCUUCCUUUCAGCAACUUCUGACAAGUAGACUAGCCCUAAGGUGCUGGUUUUGUUUUUUCAAGUUGCCGGAAUAAUUCCUGGGUGCGGAAAACAUGCUGUGCAAAUUCUCUGCGCGUGUUCAAGGUGGUCUUUGCUAGAAGCUGAGAAGAGGCUUCUGCACAGUUUGUAGACCAGACCACCUUUGAUCAAGGGCGUUUUUAUGAUCCGUUUCCAGAUCUGCUCUACGAGAGCAAAGGCUAAAUCCACUGCCCGAGGGCUCCGGUAUCUUUUGGGGGAAAACAAACAGUUGCCUAAGAGGGAGAAUUCCAACCACUGCAAAUUCUCUCACUAUACACAGCUGUGGAACAAGCAAAAGCAGCUGGAAUUCCUUCUAAACACAUCUCUCUUAAGAUUCAGUAAAUUUCUCUCCAUGUGCACCUAAAAGCUCUGAUGCAAUAAUUUGAGGAAUCAUCCUGGAGUUACAAAAUGAUACCUGGUAGGUCUUGCAGGCAUCCUCGUCUGAUGUGUAAGAGAACAGGGCAUGCAUACCAUGUUGCUUUCUGAUAAAGGGGCAUUGUAGAGGUUAUGCAUUUUUCAGAUAGUUGCCAGUAAAUUAACUUCCUAUGAAAAGCGCCCAGGUAAAUAAAACUCGGGGGGGGGGGGAUGACAAUGUAAACUCCUUUUCUUCUUCUGGUCACAAAAUAGCUAACUUCAUUGAUCAAGUGUCAAGUGUCCAAUUUCAUAAAAUUAGAACCCAGAAAAUAUCAGCUCUGUCCGGCUUGGCCAUCACCCGAGUUAGCAUUGACUUUUAGUUCUGUUUUGUUUUUAAAUUCGAUAGAAGCAUGACCUCCUCCUGGGUAAUACAAUUUGAUCAUCUGAUCUUUCCUACGCUGUGUACUUCGUUGUUGUUGUUGAAUUUCUGCUGCAACAUGGACCUGAAACCUUCUUGGUAGCCAAAUGGCCAGCUUGAAUAUUAAAAUAAAAUAAAAUAAAUGCCUCCCCUAGUGAAAAGCUGCGUAUAGGCAUCUCUUAAUGAAAAAAAAUAUAUAAGUAAAUAUAUAUAUUUAGUUCCAUUGUGAACUGGCCAUAUGACAACUUCUUGUUUAUCAACUUAUUAAGUUGGGGCAGUAUACUAGCUCUUGCUGAGUUUAGCAAUGUUUAUAAGUGUGUGUUAAACACAUAAAUGUUUCGAGUUUAACGAGGAAAAAGGGAUAAAUAAGAAAUGUGACCGAUGAAUGUGUCUGAGUGGAUUAGAUGGCAGAAUGUUCUGGGAUUUGAUUUUGACACAGAGCUUUCUUUUUCUGGUUUUCAAGGUAAAGACUUGUUGCAUGAGAAACAGUUUAACUGUUCUGCACUUUUGGUCUCUUUGUAAUUUCCCCCCACACCCACCCAUUUAUGGAUAGAAAUGGCUGAAUGUAGAGUUUAAAAGAGAAAAAACAAACAAACCACUAUUUCACAUUUACAUGUGUUCAAUCCAUUGUUCUACAGUUCAAUCUUAAUAAACAUUUCAAUAUGA